AUGAUAACGAAGGUCUCAAGGUUACUGUUUAAGGAAGAGACAUCAUCAGGAAAAAAGCCCUACCUGGCGAAACCAUUCCUUAAUAUCAAUUUUUUAAACACGGAAGAAACUCCAUUUUGGCUAACCGAUGAACAACAUAUUAAAAAGUGUAAUUCAAUAUUUAGUUCAAAAAUAAUUGCCUACCCAGUUUAUGUAGCCCAAACUAUUCAUAAAUACAAGCCCUCCAAUGUUCCACAAAUAGCCAUAUUCGGAAGGUCUAAUGUUGGUAAAUCGAGUUUAAUCAAUUCCCUGUUGAAUAAUAGGGAAGUCGCUCAGGCAUCAAAGACACCGGGACGUACAAGGCAUUUAUUCAUUUUCAAUUUAUUAAAUUAUAUAUCCAUUGUGGAUUUACCUGGUUACGGGUUCGCAAAGGUUUCAAAAGAUAUGCGAGAUAAGUGGUCAAUCCUUAUUGAGGAAUAUUUAAAUAGAGCUGUAAAUUUGAAGCGCGCUCUGUGCUUAAUUGAAUGUACUGAAUUUUUAACACCACAUGAUUUUGUAUUGUUUGAUAUGUUAAUUACUAAGGGAAUACCCUUUCAAAUUGUUGUUACAAAAGUAGAUAAACUUCGGGCACAGGAAUUGCACAAUCUCAUGAUUAAAAUUCUCUCUAUAGUUGAAAAUUACAAAAAGAAAAUUAAGUUACUCAAUGAGCGUACAAGCAAGAAAAACUUGAGCUUCACCAAGGAUAGGGCAUACGACAUGAAAAUAAACGAAUAUUUAUUUAACGUUUCCAGUUUGAAAUAUUUCGGGAUUCAGGAAUUAAGAGCUCAUUUAGGGUUGAUAGCACUUGAUACCAUGAUUUCGAAGAAGUGA